UGUAGGUACUCUGGGUGUGGCGGAACUAAGACGGAGGCCUUGAUCUUUUCUGCUGCAGAUGAGCUGGCUGGACCCAGGGACCCCAGGUGGCUGGGCAGAGCCAGCACAGGAGAAGCAGGUGAAGUCUCACCAGGCAACUUCUCUUCCUGCCACUGGCCUCUGAGGCCCCCACAAGCUAGAGAGCACACCUAUUGCUGUCCCUUCUCCUGGUGGGAGUCUGGCUUGAGUUAAUUGUCUCCCAUGAUGGAGAGCUCACUAUCAGCAUAGCAAACUAAGGGAAGCCCCUGUCACAGGAUGGUUCAGGGCAGGGACUGGUCCCCAUUCAGGCUUCCUCAGAUGAGUUCCUCGAUCACUCUGUACCUCAGUUUUCCUAUCUGUAGCGUGGGGCUCACACAGCCCUCCUAGUGCAGGCGUGGACUUUAGAUGAGCAAGUGGUAGAAACACUGCACACAGGACCUGGCUGUUAACUCUAAUCCUAAUUACGUGGCUCCAUACAUUCCCGUUAGUGACGUUUUCGAAAGACGAAUAUAAUGUGCAUAGCUUGAAGAAUGUCAUCAACAUCACUGAAUAUAAAUAAUAAUAAUGUGAAUAUCCUGGGGCCCUGAGUAGGGGGACUGAUGUGGGGGCUGACCAGCCUGAGAGGCUGAGGGUCCAGGAAGUUCCUGGAGGAGGAAUUUGUCUUGUCCAUCGUCUCUCUGUCCCCCAUUAGCACACCAGCUCCACUAGCAUAGGGGUUUUCAACACUGUCUUCAUGGUGCCCCCAGAACCUGGACUGUCACCUGAGACCACAGUCCCUGCCUCAGCCCUGGAUCAGGGGAGGGUCAGAGGGGAACUGGGAGAUGGGGCAUGCCUCUCCGAGCCUUAGUUUCCCUGCCUAGGAAAUGAGCCCAGAGCUGCCCUUUGAGACCCAGCUGGCAUCUGUUCUGGGGCAUUUAUCCUGCUGUAAAUCUCUUCCUGGAUCCACCCCAGAAGCCCCAGUCAGUUCCUGAAGGUGAGAGGACCCUGUUCGUCUUAUGAAUCACCUCUGGUGAGGCCUGGGGACCUGGAAACCCAGAGCAGGAAGGUCUGAAGUCCUACCCAGCCCCACCCCACCCCAUUUCCCCACCGUAUCACCAGCUAGCCUUUUACCAGAGCGCUGGUGGCACAGUAGAUAAGAGAUUGACUGCUAACUAAAAGGUCAGUGGUUCAAGUCCUCCAGGUGCAGUGGUUAAGUGCUAGGCUGCUGACUGAAAGGUCGGUGGUUCGACCCCACAGAUUAUAGCCUUGGAAACCCUAUGGAGCAGUCGUACUGUGUUCUAUAGGGUCGCUAUGAGUUGGCGACUCUUUGGCAAUGGAUUUGGUUUAGGCUUUUACAUGCAUGCAUACUGGGUUUAUAUCUACAUAAAUCCACGGGGCAUAUGGUUUUACAAAGUUAGGUUCUGGCCUUUGUGACAUUUAUCUUUAUUAGGACUUUUUGUCUGUUUACAAAGGCAACUCAUAUCCGUUGUGAAAAAGGACCAGCCUGCCAUUAUAGUGAAGCGAGGCUGGACUGAACUUGUGGGACCUGCCUUCCGGGUUCAAAUUCCACCAGCCCUCCCGGCUUCUGUGGGGGUUCUGUGGCUGUGUGCCCUUGGGCAGGUGCUGUCGGGGAGAUCAAGGCAAACCCAGCCAACACAGACAUCCCAAAACAGCCUGAGGAGCAGCCAGGGGGCCUCCUCCCACGACCUCAGACCUCCGCCAGACCCUAACCCGGUAGGAUGAGGUGGUGGCUCCUGCGAGCCAAGGUGGGCUUGACCCUGGUCCUGGGUGCCCUUACCCUCCUCUUCCUCCUCAGUCUGCCAGUGUCGCCACCCGCCUCUCUGGUCCCGGAGGAGUCGCCUGGUAGCCUCAAGGCCGGGGUGACCGGGCUCUCAGUGGCCUCACGCCCACGGCCUGCUCCCUGCCAGGCAAACUACUCGGCAGCCUCCCACCCAGAGUUUGCAAAGCAGCCGGAGCAGGUGCGCAACUUCCUGCUAUACAAGCACUGCCGCAACUUCACGGUGCUGCAGGACGUGCCCCUGGACAAGUGCGCACAGCCGGUAUUUCUGCUACUGGUGAUCAAGUCGUCACCUGCCAACUAUGAGCGGCGCGAGCUGGUGCGGCGCACGUGGGGCCGUGAGCGCCAGGUGCUGGGCGUACAGCUGCGCCGCCUCUUCCUAGUGGGCACCGCCCCCGACCCGCUCGAGGCCCGCAAGGUGAACUGGCUGCUGGAACUGGAGGCGCGCGCGCAUGGCGACAUCCUGCAGUGGGACUUCCACGACACCUUCUUCAACCUGACGCUCAAGCAGGUGCUGUUCCUACAGUGGCAGGAGACACGAUGCAGCAAUGCCAGCUUCCUGCUCAACGGGGACGAUGAUGUCUUUGCACAUACUGACAACAUGGUCGCCUACCUGAAGGAUCAUGACCCCAGCCGCCACCUCUUUGUGGGACAUCUGAUCCAAGGUGUGGGUCCCAUUCGGAUUCCUUGGAGCAAGUACUAUAUACCAAAGAUAGUGACACAGGAGGAAAAAUACCCACCCUACUGUGGGGGCGGCGGCUUCCUGUUGUCCCAAUUCACGGCCACCGCCCUGCGCCGGGCUUCCAGUGCCCUGGACCUCUUACCCAUUGAUGAUGUCUUCCUGGGCAUGUGCCUGGAGCACGAGGGCCUAAAGCCCACCAGACACAACGGCAUCCGCACGUCAGGCGUGCAGACCCCCUCGGCACGUGUGCCCUCCUUUGACCCCUGCUUCUACAAGGAUUUGCUACUAGUGCAUCGCUUUCUGCCCUAUGAGAUGCUGCUCAUGUGGGAUGCACUGAGCCAGCCUGAACUCUCCUGUGGCAAGCGGACACAGGUAUACUGAGGCAGCGCUGGGACCAUCAGCCUCCAUACCCAUUGGAAAGGGCAGCACCUUCCUCCUAGGAUGCUAAAACCUUUGUCCUCCUUAGUGCCUAGGAAUAAGGGAGUACCAAGGAGAGUUUGGUGAAUGAAUAUUCUCUCUGACAGACUCCUACACAUCCUUCAAAACACCAGAAUCCCAACUGGAGGGACCUCUGAAAAUAUCCAUUUCCUUUCAGUGGCUACUGAAGGAAGCACCUCUCCUGUGGUCCCAGCUGCUGCUUUAUCGAUGCCAUUUGGAUCGAGGUCCUAUUUCCUAGCCCUGACUUUUGUCACAGACUUGUUCAGUCCUUAGUAGUGAACUCACAAUGGUUAAUGGUGGAGGAGUUCAGCCACAGUUCAAGGCAACCCAGGAACUUCUGGGUCCAUGUGGAGCUGAAGUGAGAAGCAUCCUUCAGCUUGGAAAAGAGGGGUCCUCCUCUUGGCCCCUGGCCCAUCAUAGACCCUUCAGGUGGUAGGAGGAGCCAGAUAGCCACUCCCUUCUUGCUGUAGUAUCAAGUGCUGUAAUGGUGGAAGCACUGGGCAGAGGAGGGAAACUGUCCAUUUCAGGUAACAGAGUCCCCAAUAGGACCCUGCCUUUGAACCUGGGUACCCCAAGAAUUCAGGGAACAGUGUUGGGGCUGGAAGGGUCUUCACUGGGCCUGAGGCCAGCACACAUGGUCACCCCAGAGCCCAGAGAAGGGGAGAUUCAAGUCAUUAGGUGGCCCCGAGCUCUUUGAAAUGCUAGGCCUAGCCCCCAGCCCAGCAUGUCUCACAGUCUGGGGAGGUCCAAGAGGGCUGGCGACCUCCAGCCCCACUGGUCUCAGGCAGGUGUAUGGGGCUUGGGCUUCAUGGGCAUUUGUGGGGGGACCUCAGUGGAUUGAGCACUGGGGAUUGAGUUCUCAGGGAAUAAAAUAUUUCUUGAAGACGUAGAUGCUCUUUUUUAAAAAAAAAACAAUUUACAAGUUUUAAUAUAACCCAGUCUACAUUCAUCCCUAAAAGUUUCCUUUCCGGUAGAAAAUUUAACCAGUUAACCAGUUGCCAUCAAAUCAACUCGGACUUGUGGUGACCCCAUGUGUCAGUAGAGCUGUGCCCCAUAGGGUUUUCUUUUCUUUCUUUUUUUUUGAGAAAACCAUUAUUAAGUUCUUAAUUUUAUUUAUUUUUUAUUUAUUGUGUUGUUGAGAGUAUACACACCAAAACAUAUACCAAUUCAACAGUUUCUACAUAUACAAUUCAGUGACAUUGAUUACAUUCUUGGAGUUGUGCAACCAUUCUCACCCUUCUUUUCUGAGUUGUUCCUACCCCAUUAACAAAUUCACUGCCGCUAAGGUCCCUAUCGAAUCUCUCAAUUUGCUGUUGUCAAUUUGAUCCCAUAGAGAUAGAUCUUAAAAGAGCAUAAUGCUCAAAGCAGACAUUAUUUGGUUUUAAGAAGGCUUCAGGGGGUAUUUUUGGUCUAAGGUUUAAAAAUUAUCUCAGGGCAAUGCUCCAUAGG